CGCCUCUUAAGCUUGUGCUGAGUGCUGACGGCUUGUCGGUCUUGUGUUUUCUUGACUCUGUCUGGACGCUGAAUCUGACACUGACUUUGAGUUUGAUACCCCCCCACGAUUGUGUGUGUAGUUCGAUACGGCGAUAAUGGACCCGUAUAAUCCGGCUAAAUACGCGCUGCGUGCCCCGCCCCCCAUUCCGCCGCGGCCGGGUGUGUCGCCUGUCACCAGUCCUAGGAGUGAUGGGCCAGGGCCGCCAUUACCACCCCGUCCAACUUCAACCCCUCAAAGCUUUCCGCCACCGCCGCGUCGGCACGUACAACAGGAGGCUCAACCCCCCGAGUAUCAGCAGGCUUACAACCCGGGGCAAUAUCCCCCUCCACCUGCGCAGUAUGCAACCCGCGAGGAAUUUACGCAGCCCUCAUAUCGCCCGCCUACAGCACCAGCGUAUCCUCCGCCGCCGACAAAUCCGCAGGGCGCAAGCUACGGAGCACCCCUUGUUGAAGAAUGUUCUGCGCGACAGGCCACGACACAGGCUCAAGCCUCACAACUACCAUCAUACCACCCGCCGCCCCCGCCGGUGUCUGAUCCCGCUGUGCCAACAUACCCUCCACACCCGCAGGGCAAUAACAACGCACAACCCGCGGCUUUUGCAAACGCUACGCGGCGCCUCACGGCACAGCUUCAAGCCACGCAGCCUCCGUCAUAUCAACCGCCUCCACCGGUGUCCACUCCCGCAACGUCACCAUAUCCUCCACGGCCCAGUCAUCCGGAUACCGACUACAGACCACCCAUCAGUGGCGGGGUGUAUGAUCAAGGUCAGCCGAAGCCGAAUCUCGCAGAGCUGUCUGCACACCAUUCCCCGCCUGCUACAUCAGCUACAUACAAUCCGCUGUGUACGAGCAGCCCACAGGCCCCCAACAAGCCGCAUGGAACCGCGGACCGGUAUGCUGCUGGCGCCGCGGUGGUGUCAUCCCCGCCGCGGGCCCCAUCACCAUAUCAACCUGAAUCUGGGGCCUCUAUGAACUAUCCUCCGCCAUCAUACGAGCAGCCGCAAGAUCCACCACCACCCGCUGGUCCUCCUCCCCCUUCAGGAUCUCUACCAAGGAUGGAAAGUCUUACCGAGGCGCUGUCACAUACCCGCAUCAGCCCAGGAGCCGAACCACCCACAGAGCCUCCGGCCCAGACACGGAGUACGACACCCGCAAGACCCCCAAUCCAAUACAACGCCCCAACAAAGUUCACGCUCCGGCAAUGCCCCUCCACCGAGUAUACGUUCACGGGCGAGGGCCAAUGGUACUUCCAUCCACAAGUCCCAGACUUCCGGAUCUGUGUAUAUUGCUACGAGAAGCAUAUCCAGUCGACGCGAUUGGAGUGUGAAUUCUACGCUUGGACGUCUCCCGUCGGAUCGAGUCCGCAGUGUUUGUUCAGCUGCCCGCGUAUCGAGGACAAUAUCUGGCCUCGUGCUGUACAUUCUGGGGGUUUGACAGAGCUCUUGGGGUUCUUUGCGCGGAGAAUGAGUAUACCCAACUGUCCACGACAGCGGGGGGUUCCAGUGACGGAGAAUAUAAAGUGGUACCAGCCCAGGGAUAAGCAGCGAUUCCCCGAGUUCCUGGCCUGUCAGGCGUGCUACGAGGAUGUCCUCUUGUCCGGCUCCCUCCGCGACGAAUUCGUACUCUUCUCCGGUCCUCAGGCAAAGGAGACCCUCUUCAUCUGCGACGCCGCGAAUCCAUAUGUUCGAAAACUAGCGACGAGGACAAACAGCAUGGCCGCAUUCAUCUCAGGGACAAUCCGGCAUCUGCACCUUCCAGAAUGUGAGAAGAACGGCGCGCUCACCGACGGGCCCCCGCGGAAAUGGUUCCAGCCCCGGAACCCCAGCUCCAGCUCAAGCUCGAUUACAAUCUGCGAGCGCUGCUACGGCGAGUACGCCGCACACACCGAAUUCGAAAACAGUUUUCAGCUGGUUACCCGACCGAAUGCGCAGCAUAGAUGCAUGCUCGGCCUGUGGCAGUCGCGCAGCGUCUGGGACGAGGCACUUGCCCUCCACGACUUUACCCUCUGGGAACGCACCAUGGUCGAGAUGAACAGCGGCCCACUGUGCACGCUUGAAAUCGCACGCGGGAACCCCGUCUACCAGCUCCCCGGCGUCGAGAACUUUGACGUCUGCCACAGCUGCUACGUCGGGUUCCUGAAACCCUUCGGCCUGGACCGAUUCUUCCAGCGGGCUCCGAGUCCCGUCUACGGGCAGUGCGCGUGUGACCUGAACGCGGGGACCCCGCGAAUUGCUGCGUUCGCGAAGAAACUCGACGAGGCGAUGGUCACGGCGACGUUUGCGACUUUUGCUGCUUUUGCCGCGAGGCUAGCACCGACGGAGCCUUGUCCGAAACUCAACCUGGUCUCUGGGCGGCAGUGGUAUGGCAAUGAGUCCUGUCGGAUCUGUCCGGCGUGCUAUGAGGAAGUCGUCCGGGAUACCUACCUGGCCAGUUACUUCCCGCCUACACCAGUAACCAUCCACGAGGAAACAUGCUGUGACCUGUACUCCCCUCGCAUGCGCAGCAAGUUCAAAACCGCCUGCACCGCGCAAGACGCAAGCCCCUUCCUCUCCUUCACAACGCACCGCAAGAACGUCUAUCACCAAACUGUCCCGGAAAUGCGCGCCCUCGUCGAACGCGCAAAGCAUAAUCUCUCCAUGCAACAGAUGUACAACACGACUUCCUCGACAUACAAUAACAUGGACGGCAUCUCGACGGUGGGCAUGUACGACAGCGGGAUCCGGUAUACGGGCUCUGGUGUCCCGGGCAUGUUCAGGACGCAUUGGGGCGUUGAGGGGGCGGCGAUAGGGCAGACCGCGAUGGGGUAUAUGCAGCAGACUCAGGUGGAUGCGGCGAGGGUGAGGUAUUUGCAGGGGAUUUGGGAUGGUGUCGAGUAGCGUUUGAAAUACGUACGUCCUGACUACUUUUUACAGCCGGUGUAUGGUCAUUAGGUAAGGGGUUGAUGUUUGUGAAAGUAGAUACAAUCUCAGUAUACUCCACUCACAUACUCAUGUACCCAGGAUGAGAUGGUAACCUAAGCUCUAGCUCGACGCACAGGGGAUCAAAAAGACUCACCCACGGCAUUUGCCGUACAUACCCAGUAACAUCGCCCCAGGAGUCCAAAUCCCAUCUCCGCAUCACAUCGCCAAUCAUAUCCCCGACCAUGCUCUCUUCCUUGCCUCGAGAGAGGCCAAUCCCACACAAAACAAGCAGCCACAGCCGAACCGACGGCACCCCUGCG